GUACGUGGUAUCUGUUUGCACGAAGAAACACUAACAAUGGCAAUCGGCGACGACGCCACCUAUUCGCUUGAAUUUGCCGAUGGUGUCCCAAGAUAUCUUAUUUCCGAGGUUGGAAGCAAUGGCACGAUCAUUGGCCUAACAGAAAAAUAUGCUAUUCUAUAUACGGACUGCUCGGCUGCUUGCUUGCUGCCAAGUGAACGUCGUGUAUCAGUGUGGACAAAAUUCGGUAGUGAUCCAGACACAAAAGAUUUGGGAGCCGUACUCUAUCAAGCCUGCAUCCUUGAAGAAGAGUUGGAUAAACGAACAGGUAGCAGUGAGUGCUGGUAA